AUGGCAGUGGCCCAGUUGGAAUAUGCAAGCGCUAUUGGAUGUCUAAUGUAUCUAAUGCAAUGCACCAGACCCGACAUUGCAUUAUCUGUUGGUAAGAUGAGUAGAUACACUAGCAAUCCAAAUGGUGAGCAUUGGAAGGAAGUUACAAGGAUAUUUGGUUAUCUUUCAAAAAUCAAAGAUCUUGGACUUCAUUAUGACAGGUUUCCAGCAAUACUAGAAGGAUAUACCGAUGCUAGUUGGAUAUCGAGUGCUGGAAAUCAUAAAUCCACCACUGGGAGGAUAUUCAUAUUGGCUGGAGGAGCAAUUUCUUGGAAGAGCAAGAAACAGACGUGUAUUACCCUCUCCACCAUGGAAUCAGAAUUCGUGGCUCUAGCUUCUGCAGGACAAGAAGCUGAAUGGCUAAGAGAUCUCCUAUUGGAAAUUCCAUUGGCUAAAGAAAAUGUUUCAAAAGUGUUGAUACAUUGUGAUAGUCAAGCCACCCUAGCCAGAGCAUACAGUGAAGUAUAUAUAAUGGGAAAUCUAGACACAUAG